AUGUCUAGCAUCCAUCACCUUGUUGAGCUCUCAGAUGAGCCACGCCUUCGCCAACACGUCACGGGAAUCCGCUUAGAAGUGGAGCUUAUCCAUGAGAACUUGCGAGAGGAAGAGUGGCGCAAUAAAGUCCAAGCCUACGGCACCCGUACGGUCGAAAGUGACUCGAGCGACGACUGGUCGGGAAAGCCUAAGCACGAUGCGCUUCUGGCGCAAGAGCGGGACUCGUUAUCCGUCGAGGAAAUUGCAAAAUGCUGGAAGCGGCUGCAAGUCGGGAUGACCGAGCAGGAAGAGCUGCAAAAACACUCCAUGUCAUCCCUGAUGGACAUGCUCACGCCAGCAUUCGCCCAGUUGCCUGCUCUCAGGUUCUUCACGUGCAAUGCAAUGUCGCUCUCAAAACAUGUGACGGAGAGUAACAAACUCAGGAGACUACAGGGGGAGACUUUGACUUAUCCUCCACUUACCAAGGACCCGCGGCCCGGGGACGUCUUAUUCAUCACCACGUACGCAACAGCAUGCUUAGCUUCUCUUCUCGACGUUCGUCCGGAAAUUUCAUCGGUCAGCAUGGCUAUGUUUCCAUGGAAUGUGUUGGUGAAACUGUCAAACUAUUGGCAGUCUUCAAGCAAAUCGCCCGAUUUGUCAAACCUCACCUCGAUGCGUCUGUACACCAUCUGUCGCGAGCCCUUCACCGAUACCACCCAAGCUGAGGGUAUGGAAGCCAUUACCACAAUGCUAUCCACUGCGCCAGAUCUAAUCCAAUUCAACUGGGGACAUGGACCCGAAUGCAUGGGACCAGAAAUUGACGACUACGUCAAUUUGCAGAUUCCCAAUUUCUUUGAUUUCGAUGAGCCAUGUUUGCUGGCGAGCCUAGAUCUCGGAGGUGUCUCCUGCGAGUUCGAUGAGCUUUACGAGCUCCUUGAUCGAGUCUCAGGCAGCCUCGAAUCCUUGGAUCUUGGUUCGAUGUCGCUAAAUGGCGGUUAUGGGUUCGAUAUGUUCAACCACAUGCACGAUUCAAUGGAUCUGUUCCAUUUCGGCAUCCGUGGACGUCUCGAAGACUGGGAUGGAGUGCGGGGACGAGCGUGGGACCCUGGCAGCAUACAAGACUAUGUGAUCUGGGUUAACGAGAGGGAGCCGUUGCAGUCUUCGGAUGAGGGAGGAUCGCCUGGUGUAUGGAUGAUUAUGAGUGACUCUUCUCUGAGAUACGAUUCCGUAUAUAGCUAG